UUGUCCUCCUCUCACAAACCGACACAUGCAAAUAAACCGUUAGAUUGAAUAGGUGCACUGAACUUACAGUAGAUUCUCUGCACCCUAAUAUUACCCCAUCUCUCUCUGCGCUCGUUCGCUAUCGUCGUCUAGGUUGUGCGAUUCUCACAGGAAAAGGGUGAUGGUGUUCAAAAACAGAUACAUGGUGAUGGAGGUUUUUAUGAAUCCUAACAAGGACCAAGCGGCGGGUGAUUCUAUUAUAAUUACACAGUUUAAUGUCUCGAAUGCAAUAAAAGAUAGCAUCUUGGUGAAUUUUGGGGAGUGUGGUUUGGCUGCAUCAUUGGGAUCAUUUCAGGUCAAGUAUGUGAAUCCAAUCACUAAUGUGUGCAUCAUUAGGGCUUCAAGAGAAGAGUAUGAAAAAGUAUGGGCUUCCAUCACAAUGGUCAGAAGUAUUGGAAAUUUCCCAGUUGUGUUUAAUUUGCUUGAUUUAUCUGGAAAUUUACAGGCUACUAAAACUGCUGCAUUAAAGUGCGAGGAAGCAAAAUUUGAGCAGUUCAAACUUAUGGUUGGUGAUCGAUUAUCAGCUGAGGAUACACAUCGCAUGAAUAAUCAUCUUGCUAAGAUCGAAGUUUUGGAGCAUUGAAUAUUUCGUCUGUGUUCAAUCACAAAUUGGCCACAACUCUUGGAAGUUUAAAUCGCUAAUUGUAAUCACAAGGUUAAUUUUAUCUAUGCUAGUUAUGUGCAUACUCUCUUUGCAGAAAAUGCAUUGUAGUUUUCCUAGCAUAUGGUGUAGUUACAACUUUAACCAAUGAGUGAAGAGGCUUGUGAAAAUUUCAAGACUAUCUAUAGUUACAGGCUUACAGGGGACAUGGUGCUAGCUCCAUUGUAACCAUGAUUGGUAUAAGCUCCAUCAUGCUAGCACAGACAGACAUGGAUGAUAGACGUUCCUGACUAACAAAUUGAAGCAAGCUAGUGUACUAGUCUUAAUGUAGCAAUGUCAUCUAUUCUAUUUAUGAGUAUUAUGUUUUCAAGAACCAUACUGUUAUUCAGAAAAUGCUUGAAAAAUUUUGAGUGGUAACUACAGAUGAUAUUUUGAUCACUUGUUUUUUA